GAAACCGUUGUCACAAUCACCCGGAUGUACUCCUCUCAGCUUCCUGAUCCGUUGCACGAUAGAAAUUCAGUUUCCUAGUUUUUAGUCUGGUUAGCAGGUUGACUAUAUAACAAAAAUGCCGGGCCCAGACAGAGAAACAGAUCUGACGGAGAGAAUUGAAGCAUUUCUGACCGACUUGAAGCGUGGGGGGAGCGGGGUGGGCCCCUUGCGAGGCUCUGCGGAGACAGCUCGUGAAACGACAGCUCUGCUCCGCAGAAUCACAGCCCAAGCUCGGUGGAGCAACGCAGGCGACCUGAUGGAAAUAAUCCGUAAAGAGGGGAGGAGAAUGACUGCAUCCCAGCCGUCAGAGACCACUGUUGGUAAUAUGAUCAGGCGGGUCCUGAAGAUCAUCAGAGAGGAAUACGCCAGGUUUCAAGGUAGCAAUGAAGAGACAGACCAGCAAGAAUCUCUCCAUAAGCUGCUGACUUCAGGAGGACCCAGUGAGGAGAACUUCAGAUCUCCUUUCCCCACUCUCAAAGCCAAUGUCAUUGAGGCCAUCAAUGAGUUGCUGACUGAGCUGGAGGGAACAACUGACAACAUUGCCAUGCAGGCCCUAGAGCACAUCCACUCUAAUGAGGUCAUCAUGACUAUUGGCCGUUCUCGUACCGUGGAGGCCUUCCUCAAAGACGCUGCACGUAAACGCAAGUUCCAUGUCAUCGUGGCAGAGUGCGCCCCCUUCUGCCAGGGACAUGAGAUGGCAACCAGUCUCUCCAAAGCUGGCACUGAAACAACUGUGAUUGCAGACGCUGCCAUAUUUGCAGUCAUGUCUCGUGUUAAUAAGCUGCCAGAGGCUCCAGUGAGACUCAAAAGAAGCAGACACCAGAAGCUGCUCCUAACUGCUCUUUGCCCCUCCCACCACAUUCUGUUCCCUAGCACCAAUGUAUACCAAUAUACUCUAGUAGUAUACUCUGAUUACUGCAAAAGUGGUAAAGCACUAACUUGACAAAGCUUAAAUAAC